GUUAAACUGACAUUUUCCUUUCCAAAUUCCCCGUUCCCGAUCCACCUAACAAGGAAAAUGGAUAAUAUCACCACGGAGAACUUGUUCUUAUUGGAAUUCCUAGUCGACACUGUAACAUUGGAUCCGAAGUGUGAAUGCGACGCACCGGCAGGGGAAACUUGCGUGUCCUUCCAGUUUCUGGACAAUGCACCUUUGGACGUUUGCGAGGCGGACUUUGUCCCCAAAAGGAGAAUACGAAACGGAACCGAUUCUGUCAAAAGCGGUAAAUCUUGCCUGUUUUCCCUGUCUCCCGAGCAAGCCAAUAACGCAAUCGAGCAGUUCGAUGUGUUCGUCUGUAUUAUGAAGAAGAUGAAACCUGGGUGGCUACCGGAAAGAAUCGAUAUUGGUGGUUCGAUAAUAUCCAUAUGCGAUCUAUUCAACGAGCUGAUUAAUAGCGUAGAAAUGUCAGACGGCAGUACUCCCACCGCGAAAACACUGAAAGAUUCGUUCGACAUUAGCAACGCGGAGGGAAAAACGAUCGGAAAAAUUGGCGUGUACAUCAGGAUGUCGUGUUUCGGAAAACUGAUUGUGACCCAGUUCCAGAUGAAUUUGGACGAUAAAACGGUCCUGUUCAAGGACAAGGAGGGCAAAUCACUGUACCGAUACAAGAAAGCCGGGAAAGGCAAAUCGAAGGAGGGAGUUGGGCAACAGCGACAGUGUAAUUUUAAUUGUCCCACAGUCCCAUGUCAGCACGACGUUCCAAAUCUGAGAAGUAAUACCGAAUGUCCACUGGUGUCCUGUCCUCAAUACGAUAAUAAAAUUGGAAGCGACCCACCCGCAUCUGCGCCAUUGCCAUACCAUCUACCUUAUAGUCAUCCUGCGGGUUUACCAAACCAACCGCCAUCCGGUUGGGGCUUAGAAAGUCCAAGGGCGGGGAUCACUCCCUGUCCGGAAUGCGGAAGUAUACCGAAUCCACCUUGCCUAAUGCCCCAAGAAUACCCUCAAAGAGGUACUCCUUGCAACGAGUGCGGAACCGCCCUAGUUCCGGCCGAUUUUCUGGCACCUCAAAGAACACCCGCGGCAGGGGUUCCCUGCAACGAAUGCGAAUAUGUGCAGAGACCGCCAUGUUUAGAGCGGACACAAUGUCCUUUAGACGGCAAUUACCAGGAAAUCGGGGCAUCGAUGGGCGGUAAUUCGUUGACCAUAAGACUACACAAAGACAAAAGCAAGAUCGAGCAAGUGCAUCCCGAUGAGGAAGGGCGGCCUCUCGCUAAACCACAGGCCUUCGACAUACGGCCUGGUGCACCGCCGGACCGACCUUUUUCUAUCAAGGUUGGGCAGCAGGGCGAAGGCGCUGGGGGUGAUAACGGUGUGGUGGUCAAUCCACCGGUUUACACCACCGCGGACGGGGCGCAGUUUACUGAAUUUUCGGACCCGAACAAGGAAAUGUUCGUGUUGAGAAUAGGCAAAAAGUCAGAGGGUGCGGAUCGGAAGCAGAAUUUAGAACUGGAACUGCAAACUCCGAAAGCGCCGCCGCUCAAGCCAAUACCUCAAAAAAAAUCAGUCGAGACGCAAUAUGAAUCUGAGAACGAAGUUAGGAAUAAUACCCGAGGCGGCAUGACCACCCCCGCCAAAAAAGGCGAGACCGGCCGAAAAGGCAAGGGCGGCAAGAAGAAGAAAUAAAGUAUUGAGGUUGCAUCAGCCGGCUAACGUCACAUUCGCCGCUUAGGGCCCUCGGAUUACCUAAAGGUGCCCACUGACUAUCGUCUGUGACGCUGAAACAAU